AGAAAAAGAAAAGCAAAGAGAAGAGGUUCAGAGGCUGCAGGGACGCUGCGAACAGCAGGAGAGGCAGCUGAAAGCUCUUAGAGAUGAACUGAAGAAGACUUCGCUGGGUCUAGAAGCUUUCAUAGUCACCACUCAGCAUUAUUGCCUCAAGAAUGAAACCGCAGAAGAAAAUCAAAGGAAGUUGUCUUUGGAAAUGCAAAAGAUCAGAGAGGAAAUGGCCUCAAACUCAGUGCGCUGGGAGAGACUCCAGAGAGAGAAGGCAGCGCUGGAGGUGGCGUUUGAGCGAGAGCUGCAGGAGCUGCAGCUGCAACAGGAGGCAGAGCUGGCUGCUGUGGAGGAAGGACUCAGGAAGUGUCACUCAGCAGAGGCGGAGCACCUGAAGGCGGAGCAUCGGUCAGAGAUGGAGGAGUGUAGGACUCAACAGCAGGAGCAGAUCGAAGAGAUGACAGUCAGCCAUCAGGCAGCCAUUCAGGAACUCAGAGACAUGCACAACAUCACCAUGGCAACACUCCAUGAAGAGCACGCCCGUACUAUGAGAGACUUAAGGAAAGCUCACGAGCAACAGAAGAUCCUUCUAGAGGAGGACUUUGAGAAGCUUAGACUUUCUCUACAGGAUCAAGUGGAUAUGCUCACCUUUCAAAACCAGAGUCUGAGGGACAAGGCCAAACGCUUUGAGGAGGCUUUGAGGAGGAGCACAGAUGAACAGAUAGUGGAUGCUUUAGCGCCAUAUCAACACAUCGAGCAAGACCUCAAGAGUUUGAAGGAGGUCGUGGAAAUGAAGAACCAGCAGAUACACCAGCAGGAGAAGAAGAUCUCUGACCUGGAGAAAGUGCAGGCCCAAAAGAACGUGUUCCUCGAGGAAAAAGUGCAGGUUCUGCAACAGCAGAAUGAAGAUCUUAAAGCUCGCAUUGAAAAGAACCUAGCCCUGUCCAGACAACUGUCUGAGGAGAACGCAAACCUCCACGAGUCCGUCGAGAAGGAGAGCACUGAGAAGAAGCGCCUGAGUCGGAACAACGAGGAGUUGCUGUGGCGUCUCCAGACCAGCCCUCUCGUGUCUCCAGCAUCCUCCCCACUCCACCGCUCCUUCUCUACCUCACCACUUCCCUCAUCCCCAUUAUUUUCCUCUUCACCUGUAGCAGGGUGUGACUCCCCCACUCACUGCCAUGGCUGUCCUCAGCAGGCCCAGUACUCCUCUCCCUCCCACAGAGCUGCUGCUACCAAUCAGAAUCUCUCACCAGGACCAGCCACACCCACACACAGGGCAGUAACUAAUCAGAAUUACUCCCCCACCCAUGUCACACCCACACACAGGGCAUCACGCAGUCGCUGUAAUUCAAAUACUUCUCUCAGCUCUUUGCAGAGAUAAGUUCUUUCCCUUCUAAAUUUUCUCUUCUGACUCAUUUGACCUUUAUUUUAUUUUCUCUUUCCCAACCUUCAGUUUGUUUGUUUUUUUGCAAGCCUGUGGUUUCCAGUCAUCACAGCAUAAACUGGACAGACUGUACACUCAGUGCUAAAGCAAUGAGGUUACACAGUCCUGUACUUUUAUCAGGCUCUACAGCUGUUGGUGUCCAUCAUAUGAAAGUAUCAUCAUACACAGAAACACAAUGUGGAUACAUACUGUGAUAAUGACAGCAAGCUCCUUUUUCCCAGCCCACACUUUUACUGAAAUAGUCUUGACUUGUAGGUUGUAGAUAAUGUAUGAUAGCGGCACAAACGGUGCUGUAAACUUCCCCUGCAUGGGUAGUUGUGAGUCCUGCACAGUACAUAGUACAACAGUGCACAUUUACAGAUGGAAAGUAGCACACUGCUGGCACCACAGCACAUACUCUGGGGUGAUACGAACACAAAUAUAUCAACUAUGUAAAAUAAGCUAUAAUUUCUAAUUGGGAUUAGUUUCCCAUGCUUUCAUGAAAUCAUGAAUUAAUGUUUCUCCUUUUUUGGAUUGUAUCUCUAAAAAAAUCCCUAACAAAGCGCCUUAAACUGGGUCCUGCAACCUCACCAGCAGAGAACGACCAAUGUUUUAUUUAUAAAGGACUUUGGAUAAAGAAUUGGUUUGUAUAUUAAAAAAAACACCUAAAAGUCAUGUUUCUUACCUUCCUCAAACUGUAUUUAAAAUUUUGUAAUUACUUAAUUUUAGCUGACAGAUUUACUUGGAACCCCAGCCAUUUUUAUCAGCAAAACACAAAGAACUUAUGUCUUUUAAAACCUUGCCAGGUCUUCCUACACAUGAGCUACUCUUCACUUCUGGGAUCCCUCAGGUCAACUUGCAAAAACUAUGUCUGCCAUUUUGGAUUUACCUCAGUGGGAAUGUGCCGUCUGUUGUGUCUCUAGCGCAACGGCAACGUCAACAAAAAUCACACAGCUACCGCGGAGCUCAAAGCUAAGGGGGGAAAACCUAGCACAGGAAUCACUGUUUUAAAUGUUGUGGAUUUCUUUAUAAAGAAACGUUUCUAUCUAAUUUAUUACAUGUGUUUUGCUACUUAGCAAGCAUGUACUGUGAAAGUCUUCCAGUUUUAACAUGGAACUUAUUAUUGCUGUGAUUUGUCUAUUUAUUAAGCUCGAGGUGUGAAGAAGAUAAAUGGCGUUAGUUACUUAUAAAAUAUCACCUACAGGUCACAAGUCGAAUGUGAUGUACCUGAGGAGAAAGCGGAUAUACUGCAUAUUAUGUGACUGGUUGUCUUCACACAUGCAGUUUUUUGCAAAAGUUUUGCACCUCUGAGGAGACUGCAAAGUUUUUGAAGUGAAACCCUUUUGUUCAGACCCUAAUGCCCAGAUUCUUGUUUCAUUAACUUUAAAACUUUGCAGCAUGCACAAAAUCUAUCUUACUAUUUAAUAGCUAGCUAACUUUUAAAGCAUCAAAGCUUUGUUAACUUAACAGACCUUAAAGAUUUUUGUAAGACAACAUGCUGUAAAGAAUGUAAUUUGCCCACUGAUGCACAAACUUCUGCAGAAAACUGUACAUUGAUGGUGUCGUAUGGUAAAAUAUAGUAUCUAUAAGCUAUGUAAAUUUUCAAAAACGAACCCUCCGUUUACCUCUUCGUGGUGUAGUACAGUAACGUAGUCCUUUCUCGGUCUGUUAACUUCUUCAGAUAUUCUUCUGGUUUGUUUAUCUGAACAACACUUUUUAUUCUUUGAUUAUCAUGUUGUUGCGAGCUACGCUGGAUUUCCGGUGUGCGAGAAUAUAUUGUUCAGGGAGUUGUUUUCUAAAAUUAGAUUAGAAAUCCUUUCUUUUUUAUAUAAAUAUAGAGAGAGCUUCUCAACACAGCAUUAUACAUUUCCAAGAUAUUCCCCAAGAUAAUUUUUCAUUUAUAUCAAAUACAACAGAGAAACCAACAACUGAUAUAUACAAAUGAGAAAUAUUUUAUAGCACACAGUAUGUUAUACCUGCCUCCUGUACUGUACUCUUCAGAUUAACUUCCCCUCAGGGUCUUAAUCUCUCGUCCAGCUUCGAACAAGCCAAGAUCAAAUUUGUGUACAGUAUAAUCUCAGAUUUACUCACAAAUAAACAACAACAACAACAACAAAACAAAGCUAAAAAAGUCCAGAUAUGUUAAAAAGGGGUCACUGUAAAUACAUCAGGCCCAGGAGAAAAGAUGAAGUUGGCAGCGCUAAUGGGAGCAUGAGUUAGAUUUAGAAGCUGAUCAAAUAUUGUUAAUAGUUUAAUAGAUGCAUGAAAGGGGGGAAUAGGGCUGCGUUGGGGGGCGGGGGGCACCAAUUCUUAACAUUUCUAAAACCGCCCCUGGUUACAUCUUCUGUUCACUUACAGAUGAAAAUGUUACCAGCAUGUAAAAUAUAUGGCGUUUCUGAGUUACCAGUUUUUCAUUACCUUUAACUAAAGUUGUAUUUGCUAUACCAGCACUUUUGACAGUCCUGAAAAGAAAGAAAGAAAUAAAAGCGGGAUUCUUUUCAUGGAUCUUUUUUUUUCUAUGAGACGUACACAGGGUUAACUGUUCUUAAACGAGCAAAUGUUGGCAUUGAAAAAGGGAAAAAAAAAAGUAUCUCAAUUGUGACUGAUUUUGUACCUAUACUAACAGUUUUUGAGAAUGUCAAAAAGAACAUGCCAGUCAGAAAGUCACUGUGUUUUCAGUUUUUGUAGGACCACAAUUCACCGACACUGAAAGAUUCUUUAGGUUUCUCCUAAAAAGUUAUUUAAGCUGCAAAAAACUACAGUCAACAUGGAUGCAACAAAACUACUGUUUACAAGUGACAGCGCAAAGUUACCAGUGUCGUAUUUAAUGAAUAUUUCACCACUGAAUGGACUUUGAUUUCUAAACAAUAAACUGGUAUUGUAGUGACCCUGCAAUGUGUCCUGUGGACAUCUUACUAUGUGCUGAAUGUCAAAAACCUAACUACUGCGUUUUAGGGUUUUUUUUUCCUUUUUUACAAUUUGUUCAUGUGAUUUUGUUUAAUAUACAAGGACCUUUUGUCUGACGACUAUGUAGCAGCCAUUUAACAUGUAGCACUUGGCUGAGCCUCCCCGUAAUACACGAGUAAUUUAUUCCAUUUAUUAGGGGGCAAAAUGCCCAUUUUAAUAUUAAAAUGCUGUCGUAGCAAAUGUUUGUCGACUUUCAGCUCUUAAAUUUGAAUUUGUGUGUGUAAACUAUACAAAGACUCAUUUUGGAACUGGUAGAGGAACAAGGUUUACAGAAUAUUGUUUGUUCUGGCACUGAUUGUACGUUUGAAUGUAAAUACAUUUACAACAUGAGCUGUGUCUUAGUGCACCAACAGAGUAAUAGAAGCAUGUUUUUUGUUUUGUUUUUCUUUUCUGUCUUUGCUGUUUUAUCGCUCUCCCUUUCUCUUAUUUAACCUCUCAGCAUUUGUGAUUGUCAAAAAUGUAACUGUAGCGUAGGAGACCUAGAAAAUGAAGAAUGAAAUAGUUCAUCAAUGUAAUGUGAUGCACAGUAUGUUGAUGCCUUUGAUUUGUUCUUUUUGGGGGAGAGCAGAGUAUUAAAAUGUUUAA